AUGUCGACGAAAAUUCGGAUCAUUGCUGUAACUAUCAGUUUGAUUAUCUUUCUCAAUCAACCAGCGUACGUUCAAGCCGGUCAGCUUUCCGACGAUGUUGCAGCAGCAUGCAAAACGUUAAAACAGACAAUAGGUUACGGUUGUGAUGGACCACUAGAGCGUUUCGCGUGGAGAGCCUAUUUGCGACUGAGAUAUGAUGUUACAGAUUGUAAUAGUUUCUGUCGAAAUUAUAGAAAGAAACGUAGUGGUCGAUGUGCGAAAGUACAAAAUUACGAUAAUAGUUCCUGGUGUGCACAAGGACAGACUUGCACCUGCUCGUGA